UAGGUAUCAAUAUAGUAGUAGUUUACUGAUUGGUGUGAUCGCUAGCUAGUAAAAUAAACAUAAAACAAUCAGUAGUCAAAACGUCAAAACAAUCAUAGUAAAUAUGUUUCGCGAAAAUUUUACAGUUACUUGAUGUUUACAAUUUGUAAAUUAUCCAAUAACUUUGAAAAAACUGAAUUCAUAAGUCAAAAUUAAAUGAUGAAAUCAGGAGAGCCCGGAGGACAAUCUGAAAUGCAUUUGUCUAAAACCCCAUCUAUCCAAUCAUUAUUAGAUUCUGAUAUAGAGUCUGUUUCAAGUUAUCAGUAUGGAGAGUUUGAAGAGUUGGAUGAAGUGGAGUAUGCACUCCCAGCUAGUGAUGCUCCAUCUCUGGAAGAGAUUCUGAACUGUAAGCAGCUAGAUAUAUCUGAGGAUGGUAUUGAGAAUAAACAUAAUGAACCAGCCACAUGCUCAGGCCUUCAUAUUGAAGUUCUACAAGCAGUUUCCCAACAAGUUGCUCAAGCGGAGGAACGUUCAUCAGCUGGACCUGCAACAACUCUUAGUGUUGGCACUAAUGGAAGACUCACUGUAGGAACAGCUCAUGGUCAUAUACUGUCAUUUCACGACCAGACUCUAAGAUGGGUGUCGGAUAAGUAUACAGACCUAGGAGCUAUAGCCAGUUUAGCAUAUAACCAAGAUGGCAGUAGGCUUUUGGCAGGCUUCGCCCGAGGCCCUGUUUACCAGUAUGAAAGUAAACAUGGUGAUGUUUUGCGUAAAAUAACAUUUAGUGGAGAUAUUUGGGGUACUUUGAAGGUUACAUGGGCGGGUACCGGUGGUAUCCUAUUGGAUACAGGCGGAUCUGUGUGGCUGAUGAGAUUUACAAGACCCUUGGGUGUACGUUCUACAAAAGUAUCAUGUAUAUUCUCUGGUUCAAGAGGAGAAGUUCUUGCUUUGGCAGCAAAGGAUGCUCGCAUCUUGGCAUUGGCGACACAUACCCGUAUAAUUGUUGUUUGCGGCGGUCAGGCUGCAGGAGUGAAGCUAAUGGGCCCAACUCACAUGAUGCCUGUUCUUGAGUGGUUUGACUCUAAAAGCGAUAUAUUAGUUUAUGCUCGGGGACAUUUUUUGAUAUGGCUUAAGUUAUCUUUUACUGGAACAACAAUAAGCCUGCAACCUCUAAAGCGUGUUGAGUUGAAGACAGUGCCAAUGUUUUUGGGAUGGCUCUCACCUCUGAGUGCGAUAAUAUUUGACUCUACUGAGAGCAUUAGUAUUAUGGAUGAUCAAUUUGAUGAGCCAUUGGAUCUCUCCCAUAUACAGCCAGUAUAUGCAUCUGCAUUUUAUAAGGGUCACUGGACAGAGGGAAGGGUUUCACUUGCCAUGAGCAGGGCAGGCGAAACAGCACUGGCAGGCGCUUGUAUAGUUGAUGGCAUAUUAACAAUCCUUGGACGAAAAGGCAUCGUGAGGGUCCGGCUUCGAGAUGUUAUAACCAGAUCUAAAAUGUUCAUGUCUUCUGGUCAUUAUUUGGAAGCGUUGAAACUGCUAAGCUCGACCCGGGGAACUGAAUCUGUUAUGGUUGCAAGAGAAUUUGUAGCUACUUUUAUAGAGAAACCCCAUAUAUUAUGUAACAAGAAUGUUGCUAAUGAAGCUGUGAAGAUUUGUAUUAAGCUUGGAUUAAGUGACGAACUGUGGUCUCAGCUGUGGGAGAAUUGUUCUCAGCAGACAGCACUGGUCGAGGCACUGGGGGACGCGGCCGUGCGAGGGGAUUUCGUAGAUGACCCGCCAACGCCGGAUUAUACCCAAGCUUUAAUUGAGAGAUUGGCGGACGUGGAACCAGACUUGGUGGAGCGAGUGUUGGCCUCGCUUCCGUUGACGUCCAUCAAUGUCCACCGAGCCAGCAUAUUUACGAGGCAGAGGAAACUGUGGCGCGGCGUGGGGGCCUUAGUAGCCGCUUUGGACGGGUGCAGCGGCGCCAUGCGCGAGCUGACGGGGUACGUGGACGCGGCGUGCGGAGUGCGGCGCGGGGAGUCGUGCGCAUGCGCCGGCGCCGCGCUCGUGUUGUGCGCCGCGGACGCGUUGGCCGGCCGCUCGCCAGUCGCUCGGCCGCUGCCUGCGCAUGCGCUCCCCUCUGCCCGCCACGACGCGUUACAAGCGCUCUUGCACGAAAACCAAGGCAAGUCCCCGCUGCGCGUGAUGGUGGAACAUGAUGUCAGCUCGGCCAUGCGCCUGCUGGAGCAGUGCUCCCGGGAGCCGCCCUUCGCCGGCCCGCUGGGCAAGCAGAACAGGUUGCGGGUGGCUCGCGCCCUGCUGACCUUCACCACCACCUCCGGGGACCCUCAGGACCAAGAGAGAACCCUGGAAAUCAUAGAAUUCCUCGGAGGGCAACUACAAAACGGGGCGUUGCCUCUCGAUCAACAGCUUAUUCAAAAUAUUCAAGAUCUUGUAGCGUCUAUAGAAAAUGAAAAAUCAGAUCGCGCUUGGAUUGGAAUUUUAAUGCGCAUGCGCAAUCAGAGGGACCAACUCUUCGCGGAUUACAGGAACCACAUCGAACGGCCACGCAUUCUGUGGAAGGUAGACUCGCUGAUUGAUCGCCACGACGAAGCCAUCAAGCAGUUCUUCGACAUCGAAUCACCAUCGCAACAAGAUAUAGACGAGUUCUUCGUGUACAUUCAAUCGAUAAUUUCUAGUUCGGACAUUAGGAAGCGUUUACACGACUUCCUGCCGAAGAUUAUUGAAUUGCGACCGGGAGCCGUGGCCGCGCUACUCACAGACGAGCAGUCGAGCGGGGCCGUGGCGGACACAAUGCGAGUGUUGAGAGACGAGCGAGCCCUUCAGUUCGGUAAGUGUCUUCUAGAUAUGGGACGGCUGAGGGGAGAGGCGGCCACCGUAUACCUGCGACACCUGUGCGUGUCGGAACCGGCUGACGUCAGACACUUCUUGACCAAGCACUCCGGCUUAGUGAGACCGGAAGACGCUCUCGCGCUGGUGACAGAGCUGGGGCCGAAAGACGCCGAACCGAUCUGUUUGGAAGCGACCGGAGACUACAAGGGUGCACUGGACGCUCUCUUGAACAUGAUCACUGAAGACGACCAGGAGCGUGUCGCCAUGGAGGCGUGCGAACUUUGCGUGCGCGUGUGCGGCACCGUGCCGCGGGCCGACGGCCAGGAGAUGUGGACGCGGCUCCUGCGACACCUCCCCGCCGUGCCGCCCGCGCUCGUCUUCGAAGCCUUCGCUUAUUUGCCGCUUGAGGAGUUGCUUUCAAAAACUGUUAACUCGGUGCAGGUGAGGAGGAUAUUGGCUGAUGGAGCUAACGGGCUAGCUGCUUGGGAGUGCGCCAAGAGGAUUGCUGGAGUGGAAGCACACGAGGCCCUGGCGCGUUCGCUCGUGGAGGCUCGCCGGGGAGUCGCAGUGCGGGCGCCGUGCGUGCGCUGUGGAGAGAAACUGGACUCUCGCGUCGGAAUCCGAACGGCGCAUUGCUCAAGAGCGUACCACGCCGACUGUGACGUAUACCCGAUAUGUCACUGCGGGAAGCGGCUUCCAACAAAUAUUCUCAACUUGCCACCAUCCCUCCCACAUUCACGACAACUCGACAACCCCCUCGAUAGCCUGCAAGUGGUCGCUCCGCCCCGGCCUGAUCUUGAGGGUGUGGUGUAGAAUGCCAUGUUUCAUGAUCUCAUAUUGGCUGGACUCUGUAUUAUAUAAAUGUAUACUUAUUUAUAUGUAUUUAUGUAACUAUGUACGUACUGUAAUAAAUUUGCCUAAUUACUUAUAUGA